GUGUGCUGUAUGUAAGUGUAUAUGUGUGUGUGUCUGGGGGUACUGAGGGGUACGUGGGGGCGAAGCAGAAUCGACCAUGGCAGCAGCGGAAGAAGAGGACGGGGGCCCCGAUGGGCCAAACCGCGAGCGGGGCGGGGCGGGCGCGACCUUCGAAUGUAAUAUAUGUCUGGAGACGGCUCGCGAAGCUGUGGUCAGCGUGUGUGGCCACCUAUAUUGUUGGCCCUGCCUUCACCAGUGGCUGGAGACACGGCCAGACAGGCAAGAGUGCCCCGUGUGUAAAGCUGGUAUCAGCAGGGAGAAUGUCGUCCCUCUUUAUGGACGAGGAAGCCAGAAGCCCCAGGAUCCCAGAUUGAGAACUCCACCCCGCCCCCAGGGCCAGCGACCAGCUCCAGAGAGCCGAGGGGGGUUCCAGCCAUUUGGUGAUGCCGGGGGCUUUCACUUCUCAUUUGGUGUUGGUGCUUUUCCCUUUGGCUUUUUCACCACCGUGUUCAAUGCCCACGAGCCUUUCCGCAGGGGUGCAGGUGUGGAUCUGGGACAGGGACACCCGGCCUCCAGCUGGCAAGAUUCCCUUUUCCUGUUUCUCGCCAUCUUCUUCUUUUUCUGGCUGCUCAGUAUUUGAGCUAUGUCUCCACCCUGCCCACCUCUAGCUAGAGGAGAAUCAGUAUUGGGGGUCCCUGCUGGCCCUUCCUUGCUUUUGGAGCACCCCCUCACUUCCAUGACCUAUCUCUGUUGGCCAAAGCCUCCUUCAGGAGGCCGUGGGGAAGAGUGACCAGUCUGCUUAGGAUGGGGUGCCUGCUGCUCUGUACUGCUGGUCCAGUAGCGCAGUCAUUCCCCACCCUGGAGGAGGACAGAUUAAAGACAGGUGCCCAGUU